UUCCUGUUAGAAAAAUUAGAAGGGGCUGGUCAUAUUGUGUUGUGUGCGUGUAGAAGAGAAACGCACUCUAAAGCAGGAUGUGGUGAAGGGAUUAUUGGGCUACAUUGGAAACUAAACUAGUCGAAGGAACCCAUGCAGUGUACGGGACUGGUACACUGAAUUCAAAGGAUUACGGAUGUCGAAUACGGAAACGGAGUGGAAAUGAGAAGAGCGGCAGCGGCAAACAGUGGAGCUCAAGGAGCAGCUCCUGGAAAGACAAUUUCCACAGGACCAACAACAGCCAAGGAAAAUGGACCGACAACGCCGAGCCCUCCAGUCAGCCCUACGACCCCAAUCGCCCCGGUGGAUCUGGGAGAUGAGCCACAGUCCUCCGUCACAGACGCCACUCGGAUGUGGAUGAAAUUUGCCAAGACCUUCAUCGUUAUUUUUCCCAUUUACGUGUUGGGAUAUUUUGAGUUCAGCUUCAGUUGGGUUCUAAUAGGGCUUGCCAUCUUUUUCUGGUGGAGAAGAAACCAAGGGCAUAAAAACAACAGAUUGACCCGUGCCUUGGCGUUCUUGGAGCAUGAAGAGAAAACUGUAAAACAACAUUUGUCGACCUCUGAGUUGCCACCAUGGGUCCAUUUUCCAGAUGUGGAGAGAGUGGAAUGGCUCAACAAGACAGUGAAACAGAUGUGGCCGUACAUCUGUCAGUUUGUUGACAAGCUGUUCAGAGAAACCAUUGAGCCGGCUGUGAAGGGGGCUAAUGCUCACCUCAGCUCCUUCUGCUUCACCAAGAUCGACAUGGGGGACAAGCCUCUAAGGGUGAACGGGGUCAAAGUGUACACUGAGAAUGUGGACAAACGACAGAUUAUAAUGGACCUGGAGAUUAGCUUUGUUGGAAAUACAGAGAUUGAUGUUGACAUCAAGAAAUACUACUGCAGAGCUGGUAUAAAAAGUAUACAGCUUCACGGUGUCUUGAGGGUCGUCAUGGAGCCCCUGCUCGGAGACAUGCCAUUGAUCGGAGCCCUGUCAGUUUUCUUCCUGAAGAAGCCUUUGCUGGAUAUAAACUGGACAGGCCUCACAAAUAUGCUGGACAUUCCAGGAUUGAAUGGCUUGUGUGAUAACCUGAUCCAAGACAUCAUCUACAGCUACCUGGUCCUGCCCAACCGCAUCACCAUUCCUCUGGUGGGAGAGGCUCAGCUGGCUCAGCUACGCUUUCCAAUACCUAAAGGUGUCCUGAGGAUUCACUUCCUGGAGGCCCAGGACCUGUUAGGGAAGGAUAAGUUCCUGGGGGGUCUGAUCAAGGGCAAGUCAGACCCGUACGGUGUCCUUCACAUCGGCAACCAGCUGUUCCAGAGUAAGGUGGUCAAGGAGAACAUCCAUCCCAAGUGGAACGAAGUCUAUGAGGCUUUGGUGUAUGAGCACUCAGGACCACAGAACCUGGAGAUAGAGCUGUUUGAUGAGGACACAGACCAGGAUGAUUUCCUAGGAAGUUUACUGAUAGAUGUGGCUGAACUUCAGAAGGAACAGAAAGUUGAUGAGUGGUUUGUCAUGGAGGAGGUGAACACCGGAAAGCUGCAUUUAAAACUAGAGUGGCUGUCUCUGCUCCCCACUCCUGAAAAGCUGGAUCAGGUGCUGACCAGUAUUAAGGCUGAUAAAGGCCAGGCUAACGAUGGCCUGUCGUCUGCCCUUCUGGUGGUCUACCUGGACUCAGCAAGGAACCUUCCAAGUGUGUUCGAGGGGAACUUGGGUUCUGGCUACUUAAAAGAGAGGAGAGCUUCGGGCCUAGUCUUUUGUGAGAAUACAGCCUCUCUCUAUAGGACCUUAUUUUCUGGUAAGAAAGUGAGCAGCGUCCCGAGUCCAUUUGUACAAUUCACAGUCGGCCACAAAACCUAUGAGAGUAAGACGAGGUAUAAGACCAACGAGCCUGUAUGGGAAGAGGCGUUUACUUUCCUCAUCCACAACCCCAAAUGCCAAGAGCUGGAGGUCGAGGUGAAGGAUGAGAAACAUGAGUGUUCCCUGGGGACUCUGAACCUGCCCCUGGUGCGUCUCCUAGAGGCUGAGGAAAUGACACUACACCAGCGCUUUCCUCUCAAGAACUCUGGGCCCAGCUGCACCCUCAAGAUAAAGAUUGCACUGAGGGUUCUGUGUCUGGAGAAGCUGAUAGCGUCAGACCAGACGUCCUCGGUGCAGGUUCGUAAGGCUAGCACUAGUAACCCCAUUCCCAUGAAGAGACCGCUAGUCUCCGAACCCCCCAACCCUGUCCCUGUCUUAGACCUCCCCAGCUCUGUGGCCGCCUCCACCCAGGAGCUCCACAGGAGAGGGGGGGAUGACGAGCCCUACUCAGGGGGACCGGUAGGCAUCGGCCUGGCCGACGCAGGUAGGAGCACCUCCAACCUGGCCAUCUCUGGCUCUCAGAAACACCUGGCCCACAGGGGGUCAACCCCCAGCAUCGCCUCAGACAUCUCCAACCCCUACGCCACACAGGAGCUCCAGCAGAGGCUGAGAGAGCUGCAGAAUGGCUCAGCCAGUCAUUUCCCCCUGGGUGAAGUGCAGUUGACUGUCAGACACAGCUCUCAGAGGAACAAGCUCAUCGUGGUGGUGCACGCCUGUCGAAACCUGAUUGCGUUCACAGAUCACUUGUCAGAUCCAUACGUGCGGCUCUAUCUUCUACCUGACAAGCGAAGGUCUGGGAGGAGGAAAACCCACACGCACAAGAAGACACUGAACCCUGUCUACGACCAGAUAUUUGAGUUCAGUGUGUCGAUCGUGGAGCUACACAGGAGGACUCUGGACGUGGCGGUAAAGAACGGAGGAAAUAUCUUCUCCAAACACAAAGGGCUGCUGGGGAAGGUUCUUGUGGAUCUGACUUACGAGGAUAUCGCAAAAGGAUGGACACAAUGGUAUGAGUUGAGUGAAGAUGGGCUGAAAAAACCUCUUCAGCAGCUAUAGACUACACCAUGAAAGUUAGAGGAGGACCUAACCUAACCAAGUCUUCAACCAUGUAUCAUUGCCACCAGAGUCCGCAUGUGUCAAGGAUCUCAGAGUAGUGCUGAUUUAGGAUCAGUUUGGCCUUUUAGAUCAGAAUAAAUAAGGUAAUAUGGACAUGAAUCCAUAAUAAAUAAGAUUACAUAGACAGGGGGGGGACAUGAUCGUAGAUCAGCACUCCUACUCUGAGACGCAUGAUACAUACAGCCCAAAUCUUUUACAAACGUAACUGCCUUUUCCAUACAGUUGCUUUUAAGCCCGUGGGCAAAUCUUCUAUUUGUUUUCCCUUUUUUAAUUACGAUUAUUAUUAUUUACAUGACUCGCAAUUGUAAAAAAAAAAAAAAGCUUUUGAUAUUCAUUUAUACACAUCAGUUGCAUCGUUAUCGCUGCCCACUUAGAAACUCUCCAGUGCAAUAGUAAGAAAGGGAGUAUGUGGUGUUAAAAUGAAUGAAAAAAAGAAUUCCAUAUUUAAAGAGGAAAUUAUUGAGGACUGUAACAAAAUAUCUAUUUUCUUGCUACGGCUGUGACAGCAGGUUUAACCGCCUUGGUUUAUGUGGAGAAUGUACAACAUAUAUGUACAAUGAGGACUAAAGAAGAGGUUUAUUAUAGUGUUAGUAGAGGGAGGUUUCGCUUGGUCAAAAUUACCAUUUCAUUUUUAGAAUUAAACAAACUACGUAUAAACUCUACAAUCUAAAAAUAACUUUGUCAGAGCAUGGCUACAAGUUGACAGUCUCUCCUCUAAGUUAAAGAAUGCACCUAGUACAGUACUUGGCCACCAAAGACACAAGUGUUUCAUUUUAUUGCCUACAUGGGGUUUUAACUAAGCCAAAUAUGUAUGCAUGUUUGCACAGUAUUUGUUUCCUUAUUUAAAGUCUUUCAAAGCAUAGUGUUUAGGAACAGUAAUAAUAACAGAACUUGCUCUAGUUAACCUCACAGGAAUAUUCCAGCCUCCUUCAAAUCAUUGUGGCUUAUCAUAAUUGAUUUUCCAACUCUGAAAUCAGGACAGAUCAAUUAUGUAUGGAUGGUGAAAUAUAUGUAUCAUGUUUGUGAUCAAUAAAUAUACCAGUCUUAAUUCUGUUUUUGUAUUACAAACACAUUUCAGCAUGCAUAUCUUAUUCGAAGCUUCUCUUUAAUGCAAUCGCUUGCAAAAAAACAAACACAUGAUAAGGAUUAAGGAAUUGUUUUGGUUUACGUUGCGGGUAUGACCCUAUUGUAUCCGGUUACCCCAUUAAUGAUGCAUAUUAAUGGAAAACAUUUCAGAUUGUACCAUGUUUAGACUGUACCAUAUUGGCGUGUAACCUAAUGUAUUAGUUAUGAUUUGUGUUCUCAAACCUCUGUCCUUUUUUAAACUAGUUGGUUGCCUACCUAUGUGUAAGCCAUCAAAUGAAAACGGUCUCUGAAGUCAAGUUCUUAUCCUCUUGUUCUGAACUGGUUCGCCUUCUCCAUGUACUUUAUUUAUCUUGUGCCUUAAAUCCACAAAUAUUAAGAUAUUUUAAAGUAUAAAGAAGCUGUUACGGUUUCCAUGUUUGAGAAUUUCUACUUAUGUCUUUUAAAUAAUAAAGAGCUUUUGCUGUAUGCACAGCAAUAAGCUGUAUAUUA